AGCUGCCUCUGGAUCUACCCUACUGCAAUUCUUAAUAACCAGCACACCAUGUCUGCUCAACCAUCUUCCUCGAGCCCUGAGCAGGAUGCUAGACAAAAGUCACUCAAUACCUACCGACGAAAGCUCCUUGAGCAUAGAGAAAUGGAAGCAAAAGUGAAAGAACUACGAAUGGGUCUUAAGGGUCUCGAUAAAGAGUUUGACAAAUCAGAAGACGAUAUAAAGGCUCUGCAGAGCGUGGGUCAAGUUAUAGGAGAAGUGUUGAAACAACUUGACGAAGAGCGAUUCAUUGUCAAGAACACAAGUGGACCACGCUACGUUGUCGGCUGCCGUAACCGCGUUGACAAGGACAAGCUGAAACAAGGCACUCGCGUUGCCUUGGAUAUGACCACACUCACAAUCAUGCGAAUUCUUCCUCGAGAAGUUGAUCCUUUGGUAUACAACAUGUCUUUGGAAGAUCCCGGUUCCGUUAGUUUUGCUGGAAUUGGUGGUCUAGGAGAUCAAAUCAGAGAAUUGCGUGAAGUCAUCGAACUGCCUUUGAUGAACCCCGAGCUUUUCUUGCGUGUUGGUAUCAAACCACCGAAAGGUGUCUUGCUUUACGGUCCUCCUGGAACUGGUAAAACCCUCUUGGCCAGAGCUGUUGCCAGUACGCUGGAAACCAACUUUUUGAAAGUUGUAUCCAGUGCCAUUGUCGACAAAUAUAUUGGAGAAAGCGCUAGAUUGAUUCGAGAAAUGUUUGGUUAUGCAAAGGAGCAUGAGCCAUGUAUCAUCUUCAUGGAUGAAAUUGAUGCUAUUGGUGGAAGGAGAUUUUCAGAAGGUACAUCUGCCGAUCGUGAGAUUCAGAGGACCUUGAUGGAGUUGCUUAACCAAAUGGACGGUUUCGAUUACCUUGGUCAAACUAAACUCAUCAUGGCAACGAAUCGACCGGAUACCUUGGAUCCUGCACUUUUAAGACCUGGUCGAUUAGACAGAAAGAUUGAAAUACCAUUACCCAACGAGCAAGGUCGAUUGGAGAUUCUAAAGAUUCACUCAGGAGGUAUCGCAAAGCACGGUGACAUAGAUUAUGAAGCUAUUGUCAAACUAUCGGAUGGCUUUAACGGAGCAGAUCUUAGAAAUGUUUGCACGGAAGCUGGUAUGUUUGCCAUUCGUGAUGAACGUGAUUACGUUAUUCAAGAAGACUUUAUGAAGGCAGUACGAAAGGUUGCUGAUGCAAAGAAAUUGGAAACCAAACUUGACUAUGAGAAAUUGUAAAUUGUUUGUUCAUUGAUAAACUUGAAAAAAAGCGACUAUAUUUUCAUUGAAAGUAGGGGAAUAU